CAUGUCUCCGGGUUCCGGAUUUGUUUUGAUUCGACCUGGCAGCUGGGGGGGGGGGAGUGUGGCCCCAGGGCCAGAUUGGGGCGUGACUUUCCCAGCAGCCCUUGCUCUCUGGCGGGUGCUGCCAACACCCUCUGCAGAGAACGGCCUCCCCUUUCCCUCCCCGCUCAUGCUCCCCAACCCUCUCACCCCUCCUUGCCAUGACGUCCCAGCCCCACCAGGGCCCCCCGCUGCCCCCUCUCCUGCUGCCUGCCUUCCCUGGUGCUGCCCUGCUCCUGACUUCACCCGAUGUCCCCGGGGGCAAGCUCAUUGUCAAACUGAAGCCAGAGGGGGCCCAGGAGCCGUCCCGGGCACAGACCAUCAUCCUGACGGGGGCGCCGGCGGGCUGGCCCCCCCCACGGCGGGACGGGGCCCCCAUCCGGCUCCAGCUGGCUGCCGGGAUAAGAACCGUCCUGCUGAGCAAAGCCGGGGAGGACCCAGGACCUAGGGAAACCCCUCCAGUCCGGGCACCCCCCACCAGCGACCCCUCCGCCUCCUGCACCUCCAAGGGUGUCUACGAGAACUAUCGGCGCUGGCAGCGCUACAAAGCCCUGGCCAGGCGGCACUUCCCGGGCACGCCCGACGCCGAGGCGCUGGCCUGCUUCUUCAUCCCCGUCUUGCGGUCGCUGACCCGCCUGCGCCCCGAGCUGGCUCUGGAGGAGGGGGUGCCACGUGCCGUGCAGGAAUGGGAGCGCAGCAGCAACUUCGAGCGCAUGAUCUUCUACGAGAUGGCCGAGAAGUUCAUGGAGUUCGAGGCCGAAGAGGAGCUGCAGAUCCAGAAAAUGAAGCUCCUGAGUAGCUCCCAAUUCCAGCCCCCACCCGCCGACCCUCCCAAGCUUCCCAGCCCACCAGCCACCGAUGCUGGACAGCAGCAAGUGUACAUCCCCAAAAAGGCGGCAUCCAAGGGGCGGCAGCCCCGGCGCCGUCAGCGCCGCCUGCCUGGCCCGCUGGCCCCAGGGGAGCCACGGGAGAUCCCGCCUGAGGCCGUGAGGCAGUACGCCGAGAUCAUGGAGGGGCUGCGGCCCAGCUGGGAGGAGGAGGCUGGGGAGGCCGGCGGGCGUGGCGAGCCCCAGAGCCAGGCACAGGGGGCACUCCCAGACCCCACACUACUGCAGUAUGUCGAGCAGCUCUGUGAGGACGAGAGCUUCGUCUGCAAGGUGGAAGCCGUGAUCCACCCCCAGUUCCUGGCCCAGCUGCUCUCUCCAGAGAAGAGAUGCGACCCCCUGGAUCUCAGCGAGGAGCUGGAGCAAGAGCUGGGACUCACCCCAAGCCAGCUGGUUGAGAAACGUCUCCUAGCCCUCUCAGAGGAAGAGCUCAGCCCCCCGGCAUGCCCCGCCCCUCAUUUGGACUCCACCCCCUCCCAGUCUGAAGAGGAGGAUGAAGGCAGCAGCCAAAAGGGACCGGCCAGCUAUCGGCAGGCCAUGAGCGGACCCUCACCCCCCAGGGGCAGCGGGGCUAAGGGCGUGGCUCUGGGGGCAGAGACACCAGAGGCCCCCACCCCGACACCUGUGCAGCCAUCCCAGCCACGCCAAUGGCAGACAGGAGAUGCGGCAGCUCCAAGAUGUCUGUCCCCUCACAAAUGUGGCGACGAAGGGAGACUAUUAGCCUCGCUGAGGAGUCGAGUUGAGAGGGUGUCCCAGCAGCCUCAGGGGCAGGGCCAGGAUGGAGGCCGAAGGGAAGGGUCAGCAGUCACUCUGGGCACAACACAACCUGGCAGCCAGGCCUGGAGCAUAAGAUCACAAGGUGACAAUUUGGUAGGACCAGCAAACCUUGCGUCAACUCCCAGCGGAUACAGAAAACAAGAUGGUGGCCAAGAAGGGAAGGUCAAAAGUCAAUCUGAAGCCAAUGCUGAUGCAGAAGGACUAAGAGAUGCCCCAAUGGAAACAAAGUGUUGUUGCCAAGGAGACAACCUGGUGGAAGCAGGAGCUCUGGAGUCAGGUCUCAAUGGACAUGGACAACAAGAUGGCUGCCAAGGAGACACGGUCAAAGGCCAACCCCAGGCUGGAUGGGAACCAUUGGGAGACAUCCCAAGUGCCACAGGCCAAGCCAAUAUCGUGAGGUCACACAGGGACAACCUGGUGGAACAAAGAGCUCUAGAGUCAACUCUCAAUGGACAUGGAAAACAAGACGGUGGCCUAGAAGGGAAGGUCAGAGGUCAAAACAAGGAGGCUGAUUGGAGUGAAGCCACCCUGAGAGAGCGUGAUCUACAGCCUGGGAGCAUGAAGUUGAGUGGGAACAACCUGAAAGGAGAAGGAAGCCCAGCAUCAACUCCCACUAGGCCUGGAGAACAAGAUGGCAGUCAAGCAGGUCAACCAACCAAACUGGAGUCUAGGGUGGGUGGUGGCCACCCUACAGUGUUACUACUCAGCAGGGCCAAUGGGCAACCCUUAGGCCUCUUUGCUCGCCCUCUGGGUGCUGAUGGGCGAGGGGAGGGUGAAUUGCCACCAGUGUCCAACAUUUACAGCCAACGUCCUGACCCACCUCCCCUUGGCCUGAGUGGCCCGACUGGACCUGCUGAGGCCCGGACGGCUUCAGAGGCCAAGUCCAGUUGCCGAGCAGAGCCAGAAUGGAGAUUUGCAAUAGAGAUGGAGUCAAGACAGCCUCACCUCCAAGAUGGUGGCAAUAGUGAAGGCAUUGGAGUCAAAACCACGGCUGGACCUGGAGAUCCAGAACAAUGUGAGGCAGGAGCUACCAGGGGCUGCAGCAAUGGGACCAGUUCCAGGGAUGAUAGAAAAGAGGUGGGAGAGGCAAGUUCAGCCAUGGGCGAUGGCCCCUCCAAGAUGGCCACAAUUGCCAGCUCAGAAUUUCCCCCGGGGGGCAUGGAGGAUGCUGGGAAACAUGAUGAUGAUGAGGAAGAUGAUGAAGAGCUGUCUAUUUUUUCCUCUCUGCUGGCAUCAAAACUCCAUCUCUCCAGUCCCGAGGGACCUGUUGGCUCUGUCCCUGCCCUGAGGGACCGAGUGGGGACCGACAGCAGAGCCCUCUCCCCAACUUGGGAGCCAGUGAGAUGGGAUCCCAUGAGGAGACGCUCCACACGGCUGUGCCCAGGUGGGGUGCUCGAUGGGUCACAUGCCAUGGACGCCGGCGUUCGGCUCAGCCAUAAGAGGAGGAACGACAGUAUGGCUGCCAGGAGGAGCAAGCGCCUGCGCAGCCAAUGAGAGAGGGCAGCCAUGAUGAGGGUUGACUGCAACUGGCUGAAAAGUUCCAGCUAGGGAUAUUUGUGGGUGCCUUAAAUUCCUUCUUCAGCCAAUUGCUGGGUCCUCUCUCCUCCAAGCCCCACCCCUUUGAGAUGAAACAAAGAGCACUCUGGCAGAUCCCCCUGCCCCUUGGAACAUUGAGGAUGAAAUGGAGAGUCCUCAUUGACUGGAAGACCACCCCGUCCCCAUGCAUGCUGAUGGAAGUGAGGGCUCUCAUUGGCCGACUCCUCCCAAUUCUCAAAGUCCUGCCUCCUGGAACGUAGAAGGUGAAGUGGAGGACACUGAUUGGCUUCCUGUUGAAUGGGCAGCACCAUUAGGAAACAUGGUGCCGGGGGCAGAGCAACCUUGUCAUUUACUGAGUCAAUUAAAGGGAUUUGGAUCAA